GGAAACUUUCUACGCUACCUCUGCUCUCUCUUUUCAAACAGUGCUAACAAUAGCGGAAGCAGUGGUAGUAUUCUCUGCAAUGAGAAGAUUCCCAUUCCUUUGCCACAGUACCCCCUCCCAGUGCUUUCUCGCUCGGAUUUACCUAUAUCCCUCUUCCCUCCUCCUCCUCCUCCCUUACUACCACCACAACCACCAGUGCCACCUCCACAACCGUCACAACCACCGAAGGUCAUCAAAGAUGAGGAAGAGGUCUCUAGGACUUGUUCAGACAGCGGACUGUGCUGCAGUAGUGAUAGCAGUAGUAGUGGUGCCAAUAGCAGUUCCCUUGACUCGCGAUACCAAUUGGCAAAGCGAUUUCUGGACUCCCUCCUCCUUCAGAAGGCAGCUUUUCAGCAGAUUCAGAAGCGGGACGUCGAGUAGUUCACAGCGCACUACUAAAACGGUCUCUAAUCUGCGUCCACACACAAGCACACAGUGCAAUACAUUCCUCUUUAUAAUACACGUAACAUACUACUCAUAA